UCAGUGAAUUAGAUAAAUUGGGAAUAGGCAAUUUUGGAAUGAAAUUUCUAAAAAGUGUAUUACACUUUACUAGUAAAAUUAAACCUAGAAAUAGUACAGUUUCUGAAAAGAAUAUUUCCCAAC